ACUGAAGCAGGGUGUAAAAUGAGACUGUAUCUGUUACAUCUCCAUUAAUGUUUCUUCAUAUUAAAAAAGAUAUAUAUCUAUAAAGGAGUUUAAGUGAUUAAAUCUCUUUUAUUACUUGUCAAAUUCUGACUGGCUGCUCAGCUGAACCUCUCUGAGGGAGGAGGAUACAGGAUGAGAGGAACAGCUAAGAGGGAGGUGAUUGCAGAAACAGAGCUCAGGAUGGUGGUCAUCGGUAGCAGUGGCCCAUCACAGUUCUCCCUCACCAACUGCAUUCUGGGACGAGAGGAGUUCUCUAAGGAUGUGUGCAGCAUCGCUGGCAGCAGAAAGAACAUUGGAGAGCUAGCAGGGCGACAGGUGGCCGUGGUUAACGCUCCCAACCUCUACGACAAAGACCUGUCUAAGAGUAAGAUGAGGGAGGAGCUGAGAAGAGCCAAGUGUCUGUUGUCUCCUGGUCCUCAUGCCGUCCUCAUCGCGUUUGACCUGGAGAGAAUCUCUCCGAACGACAUUCGCACUCCCAAGCUGGUGAUGAAGCGCUUUGGGGAAGGUGUCCUCAACUACGCCAUGAUCCUCCUGGCCUACGAUGGACCUCUGGGACUGGCGGCCCUGGAAGAAAGAAUCAUGAAGACAGACUGGCACCUGCGGGAGCUCAUCGAGCAGUGCGGCUGCCGCUACCACAUCUUCAGCAAGAACGAGAAGAACCGCAAUAAAGACAGAGAGCUUCUACAGAAGAUCGAGAGGAUCGUGGGGACCAUGGGUGGGCACUGUUACACCAACCCGGCCUACAGCAAGGCUGAGGAAAGUGUGAGGAAGGAGGAGAAGAAGCUGAUUAAGAAAAGGGCCGCUGAGACGGAGAGGGCAUGGCGGGAGCUGGAGCAGCAGUACCAGGGGGAUGAGCUACGCUGGCAGAUGGACGCCUACAACGCCAGCGUGGGGGCUGAGAUCAGGGCCAAAGCCGAGCUCGACAACAGCUGGCUCAGAAAUUCAUUGGCCAUUGGGUUUUCUCUGGGCUUCGUGGCUGGGGCCACUAUGGGAAUAGUAGUGGGGUCAGUUGAGGGACUGGCUGGUAUGGCGGUGGGCGGAGCAGUUGGAGGUGCUCUGGGAGGGUCAGCAGGGGGCGCAGUUCAAUCAGCUAUUGAGCACCUGGAUGAAAGGGUGGGACCUCACACCAGCAACUUUAACUCAAUUUUCAUUAACCGGUUCUUCCGAGCACCGCAGGUCUGAGUUCUGAGAGAGUACUGAUAUUUCUCUAUAUUUCUUCACAUUGAAGUACAGUAGAGUCAAUAGGCCAUAUUGUCAUGCAUACAAUACUAGUCAAACAUUUGGACACACCUUAAAUUGAGUAGUUUUUCUACAAAUUUAAAAUACUCUGCAUUGUAGAUUAUUACUAAAGUCAUUCGAAGAAAAUGAAGAAAAACAUAUGGAAUUUGUUUGUCAACACAAAAACAAAAAAGUGCUAAAUAAUUUACAAUUUGUUUUAUAUUUUAUAUUUUUCAAAAAGUAGCACCUCUUGCUUAGAUUAGACAGUUUUGCACAGCUUGGCUGGAUUUUCUCAGUCAGCUUUAUGAGGUAGAGUCUCCUGGAAUUCAGGCUUUCAGUUAACAGCUGUGCUGAACUCGUCAAGAGUUAAUUACUUAAUUUCUUGCCUCUUAAUGUGUUUGAAAGCAUCAGUUUGCAUACAGUAAAUAGCCCUGUUUGAGUAAAGUUCUAAUCCAUAUUAUGACAAGAAAAAAUACUUGAAGACAUGUAGGUCAGUCAAUCAGGAAAAUGUCAAGAACUUUUCAUAAAAAAUGUUAUGAUGAAACUGGCUCUCAUCAGAACAGCCCCUGCAAGGGAAGACCAAGAGUUACCUCUGUUGCACAUAUUAAGUUCAGAGUUACAAGCCUCAGAAACUGCAAGUUAACAGAUUCACAGAGUAUUUUGGUUUGUUUAACACUUUUUACAAGUUACUAGAUGAUUCCUUAUGUUAUUCAUUUACAAAAAUUAAAACAUUGAAUGAGAAGAUGUGUCCUAACUUUUCACUGGU